GUCCGCCCGCAGCAGUCUCCUUCCCGGCGAGCUUUCACUACAGAGAUGGCUGCGAAAGUGUGCAGAUCAGUACUCCUGUUGUCCCGGAGCAGCGGAGCGGUGGCCGGCAGCCUCCCCGCACUUGUUGUCUCUUCACAGCGACAUCAUCAGCACAUAAGACCGCAGGAGGUACUGUCUUCUCCUUUCGCCCGUCAGACUGUCAGGAGAGCACAUGGCCUACGAUCUGCAGCCAACUCCACACUCUUCACCCAGCCUCCCACUGCCCUGUCUCCACAGGUUUGGAGGGGCGCCCCCUCAUGGCACGGCCAGAGACUGUUGUGUUCCUCCACUGCUCCAGAGGAGGUGACAGUGGUGUAUCAGAAUGGGCUGCCGGUGAUCUCAGUCAGUUUGCCGUCCAGGCGAGAGCGCUGUCAGUUCACCCUCAAGCCUCUCAGUGACUGUGUGGGAGUUUUCCUGCAACAGCUCCAAGCGGAGGACAGAGGCAUCGACCGGGUAGCCAUCUACUCCACGGAUGGAGCGAGGGUCGCCUCCUCCACAGGCAUAGACAUCCUGCUGCUGGACGAUUUCAAGCUCGUCAUUAAUGACACCACACACCUCGUGCGACCACCAAGGAGAGAGCUGCUGCCCCAUGAGGAGGCAGAAAGGUUGAAUGACGUCAAGUUUCUGGUGCAGCAGCUCUACACCACUCUGCGCAUCGAGGAGCACCAACUUAGCAAAGAACGGGAGCUGAUUGGAAGACUGGAGGACCUCAACACUCAACUCCGCCCCCUCGAGAAGGUGAAAGAGGAGCUGAACAAGAAGGCAGAGCGGCGUACCACCUGGGUGCUGUGGGGCGGCAUGGCGUACAUGGCCACCCAGUUUGGCAUCCUGGCCAGGCUCACCUGGUGGGAGUACUCCUGGGAUAUCAUGGAGCCCGUCACCUACUUUAUCACUUAUGGCACGGCCAUGGCCAUGUACGCCUACUUCGUGCUUACACGCCAAGAGUAUGUUUACCCCGACGCUAGAGACAGACAGUAUCUGCUGUUCUUCCACAAGGGGGUGAAAAGGACACGCUUCGACAUUGAGAAGUACAACAAGCUGAAGGAUGAUAUCGCUGAGGUGGAGUUGGAUCUGAAGCGUCUUCGGGACCCGCUCCAGCUCCAGCUCCCAGUUCAGCAGCUCACCGCCAGUAAAAAUUGAUGGGACGAGUGACUCCCUCCUCUCUCAGCUCCUGCAACCUCCUCUCCCUCUUUCCUUUUCCGUCCAACACCCUUCUCCUUUCCCUUUUCCCCCCAACUCCUCCCUCCCCCAUCCCUCCCACACCCAGUAAACCCAUCCCUUUCUUGACAGUGGGAGUUAGUUUUUUCUCCUUCUUUUUUCUUUUUUUCUUUUUAUUUUCCUGACUGAAAACUCCAGUUGGAAUUGCAAUUGAAAACCGCUAAAAGGCGACGAAGGACGGCGAGAGUACUGAGAACUGACAAAACUCUCAGCCGACGGAUGGUGAGGAUGAUGAAAAGGACUAUGAUGAUGAUAGAAUAAAAAUGGGCACUAUGGAUAUGCCUCAAGUCUCCGGAGGGACAGCCUGCAGGGAACUCCAGGGGAACUAUCACACCUCUAGACACUUCAGAACAGAGGACAUGCAGAGGGGCAGCCAUUGUUGAGUGUGUAUGUGUGUGUGUGUGUGUGUGUGCGCGCGUGUGUGAGGGACUUUCAGGGUACACUGGGACACCGACCCUGGCCACUCUGCGGGUGCAGCGGUGUAGUCCUGCUUCCUCUAGCGGUCAAACUAUCAGCACACACACCUACUCUUGGUUGGGGCAGCUCCAGGCCGAGUCUUGAUCCCACAAGCUAAAGUUUACACGGAAGUCCUGACUGCAGUCGCACCACCCUCCUGUGGCUGCCGCCUCUCCCCCCCCUAGGCCACGCCUCCUCCAGGUGACGGACAGCUGUCCCUCCCAGUGUGACCUUCGUCAGGAGCCUGUCUUGACUCGCAGGAUAUAGUCAUGACGACGCCUCGUUUCCUUUUCCUGUUGACGUCCUGUAGCGGCCCCGGUCUGCGCAAGUAUGAGAGUAACUACCGACAACAACAUCACUGUGUGUUCUUUUACUCCAAAAAAAAUAUUUUGGCACUUUUUAUUUUGAAAGCCAUAGUAUAUUUGUUAUGAAAAAGAAUAUAAAUAUAUAUAUGUAUACAAUCAAAUAAACAGAUGACCAGAGGCUAGUUUUUUUCAGUGGGGGGAGGAGCUCUCAAACACACUUCAUUUCAUCAUUUGCAUCCUCUGAAGAUCUCCUGCCAUGGAGGACCCCCGCUAACACACACAAAGCAUUAUAAUGUAUGCAUUUACUACCUUGAACUAUUCAUAUCUUGUCGUGACAAACACACACAAUGUAUUUCACACAUCCAGGUUGGAUGUAUGGCUCCUGUGCAUGGUCACCAAAGGGUGCUGAAGCCAAAUCAGGGUGAAAACGGCUUUGAUUGGAAUUGAUUUUAAGCAACGCAGAAUAUCGAUGUGGAUAAUGCCAUGCUCGACCUCUAUAAUCAUCUCAUGAAUACAAAGGAAACGCUGCAAGAAUGCUUAACAUAAUCAAAGGGUUAAAAUGUGCAGUGACCGCUGCCUCAAGCAAAGCUACAGGCAUGUCAUACUUUUAAUGUAUCUGAUAAACUGAGUUGUUUUAAAAAAGGUAAGGCCACAUUACAUAGCAGGAGUAUAAUUUGAGUAAAUUGCCUGCAGUUCAAUAAAUCGUUUUUCGAUAAUAUACAUUUUCUCCUUUUCAAAUACAAAGUUCUGGAGGUGUAAAAUUACCGUUUUCACAUUUUCAAUGGCCUUUAUCCUAGCAGCAUGUGAUGUGCAUUCAACAUCUGGAUUUCCUCACAAAUCUCAUAGACAAAACAACAAAAGACAGCAUCUAAAAAAAAGUAGAAGUGUCAUGGCAUUGAUACGCAGAGGCUUCUUUGAGUUUUCUCCUCCCACUGUUGCUGUAAUGCCCCCCUGCUCCCUCGAUGGCAAAGCAGGGUAGACUGCAUGCUGUGGUAUGACCUCAGUAGAAAUUUGUGAAUGUGUAGGAGCAUUAUUGCAAUUUUAUACUUAAUUGGACACUUUUCUUUGCCACAUCUAGCUGAAGUCUCAUCCAUCCAAAUUGGUUCAGUCAAAGGUUAUAGAAGCCAUAUGUUUGUGUUCAUUUUUUUUUUUUCUUCUUUCGGGAUGGUCACUGAAUUCACCUUUGCCAGCUUCACUUAGUUUUCUGUUCAUGGUGAGGAUUGGAGGCUCACUCUCCGGCCCCGUUUAUGUCUUCAAAAAAAAGAACUCAAAGCCAACAGUUGUUUUCACUCUGAACUGCUGUAGAGUACUUCUGCAGAGGGGAAGCACAAUGACAUGACAUCCCUAAGCAUGGACUUAAAGUGGAGACAGACAAUUUUUCAACUUUGUGGGCGCCGCCGUCGCAAAGACAACCCGAUCACAUUCUAUUUUCCUCAGAGCACAGCAUUUACCAAUAACACAGGACGCACUGCAUUUUGUUUUCCACUGUCACUUUGGUUGUUCCACCUGCUAUUGGGGACAGUAACUGCAAAGAACUUACUUAUGCUCUUUGCUAACCGAGGAUAACUAAAUCUAAAGCACUAUCCUCUUCCUGUUUUGAUUGUGCAAUGGUUUACGCACUUCCUGUUUUGUUUUUUUUUUUUGGUAAAUCAAGCCUUUAUUUUCCCAGGAGAUUAUAUUUGACACAUUGCAUAGACAAAGCGAGGCUUGUAGGAAACCAAUGUAAACACCAAUAAUGUCAUUAUUUUAUAGCUUUUACCAGUGAAAUCAGCAUUUACAUAAUAACAAGAUGAGAAGAUACAUGUCCAUUUCCACUUUAAGAUCAAGAUCCUGCACUCGGGUCUUGUGUGCACAGUUGGCUGAAUCCUACUGAAGAGAUCCUCAUGUUUAAUUGCAGAUUUUCUAUAAAAAUGCAUGAUUUUAGGUCAAAUCAAAAGUGAGCCAUGCAGAUCUCAAGGCAAGAUUUUGUCUACUGUCACUGUGUGCGUUAAUGUGUGAGUGUGUUUUAUCUCCAAGGGAAAUGGUGCCUUUAGGACGCUAAUUGAUUUAAAGGGUAAAGAUAAUGUAGCAAUUUGGUAACACCAUACAUAGGAAGGUCAAAUUUGAGUGUUUGUUGGAAAUCAAUCUCACCGCGGGUCUGUGAACAUGUGUGUUUGUUGAAUCCACGUGUAGGCAAGUGUGUGCAUGGGGGGGAAAGUUCAAAUCACCAUAUUCAUGAAUGCUCUGCCCCUAAUGACUGCAUGCCAAUAGUGGUAAAAAAAAAAAAUCAAUUCCACCUUCAUCCACACUUCAUGGCAGUCAUUCGUUUUUUUCCUGAAUAAGCCAACUUACACACACACACACACACACACACACACACACACACACACAAAGUGCGACAGUGUUUCCUUUGAGAUGCACUGGUGAGAGUCUGCAGUCCAAUCCUCCCCUCUGCUGCUUUUACACUUCUCUCCAUCAUCACCGCAACCUUUUUAUCAUGCCAUCCACCGUUUAUUGCCUUUGUUUGUUUGUUCUUGUUUCUUUUUUAAAACCAAAAUAUAUCAAAUAUAGGGAAACUUUAUUAUAAAGAGGGUGUUGCAUGAAUGUAUGUUUACAUGGGAAAUUAUGUGAAAAUAAAAAAAGAUGAUUUAUCCAAGAAAAUAUAAAAAACUGCAAAGAUAAUUUAAGAACGUUGUUUGUAGAGAUUCCUAGUUAUAAAAGGCAGUGGACAGGGCUGCGUCUUUAGAAUCUGCCCUGCCAAAUCGGACUUAAAAUCUCAGCCAACCAACUGCUCAAACCUCCAUCAAUCCCCACUCCCGUCUCCACCUUAUUUCCUCCCAUCAACCCCUCCCUCGGCGUGCAUUUAACACCCUCCAUCCUUGGUGCACCUAUAAAGGAGGAGACCUGUUGACCUCAGUUACUAACGUCCUGGAUUCGAUUCCAAAGGAGAAGUGUCAGGCGCACUCUGUUAGCUUCUAUGGGAACUCCUCCCACUCUUGUCCCUCCUGUCAUUUUCAUCCACCCUCCGCCUUUUUUCUCCAAAGCAUUAUUAUUCUAUGUUUUGAAUGUGUGUUCUGUUUUAAAUAUCUUGUUCGUGUGCAUUUACAAUAAGAUUACAAUGCCUAAAGAGUGAAGCAGAAUAUAGGAUUGAAAUGAUCUUGUAAUCCAUUCUUACCUCUUAUUUUGUUUUUUGUUUCUUUUUCUUGUCUUUUUUUUCUGUUGACAUAUGAUGCUGUAAUGUUGGCAAAAAAGAAAAAUGUAAAAUCCUGUAUCAUUUAUGAAAUAUGUAUAAAAGAGAAAUGUAAUUCAAUUAUCAAUAAAAUCCUUAUCCAGUUUUUGGAGCUGGCUGUCCUGUU